AUGGCGACGUCUCUGUCGGAAGGAGAGUUUCAUCGUAUGCAGCUUCAGCUUAUAGAGCUGCGGACAGUGAACUAUGAACUGGAAGCCAAAAACAAGAAGUUGGAAAGGGAUUUGUCAGAGAUCCAGGAGAAGCAUGAGUUGCUGCAUAGAGAGCUGGGUAAAGCUAAACAGGCAAUCAAUAAAAGCAAGAAGGCUAAGGAUGCGGAAGCCCUUAUCCAGGAAACAGAUUCCUUACAGAGGAAGCUUCAGAGUCAGGAGGAGGAGUUUCGGCUUCAGAACCAAACACUAAUGGCAGAGCUAGCAUUGUUGAUAGCAAGUAAUGAAGAUUUGAAAAAAGAAGCAGAAUCUCGGAAAGAGCAGUCUAAUGCAACCAAGGGAGAGGAGAAUGAACAGUCAGACAAUACUGAUGAGCUCCGAAGACUGCAAGCUGAAAAUUCUGCUUUACAGAAGAAAUUAAAUGUGCUUCAGGAAAAGUUAGAAAGAGAUGUCCCUGUACAGAAUGAACCGCUGUCACAGAAGAGCUCAUCUGAAACGCCUCAACAUGAAGGCAAUCGAUUUUUCAACAUUUCAGAAUUACAGCUUCAGUUGGAUACAGAAAGAGAGGAGAAGCUGAUAAUCAAAGCUGAACUAGAACAAAAGCAGAAAGAAAGCAAAGAACAAGAGGCAGCUCUACAGGAAGAACUAGAUAAAACAAAUGAAAAGUUGAAGAAGAAACAAGAAAGCUUUCUGCAGCUUCAAGCUGAAAAGGAAGAACUCUUCAAAGAAAGCAGUUCCAAACUAGAAGAAAGCCAGGCUGCUAGAGACAGGGACCAGAAGUACUACAAGGAUCAGAUUGCAAAACUCCAGGCAGAGAUUGAGAGAGGCAAAAAGGAAGCAGGGGAGCAGCAGAUGACAGCAGAAAAACAGAUGGAUGAUUUAAGGCAACAGCUGACAGAGCUUAAGAAACAGGUUGAUGUUUCUGGCAUGGCAACCACCCAUCAACUCCAGGAACAAGCCUCCAGAUAUCUGGCAGAUAUUGCAAUACUAAGGGACACAGUGCAAAAACUGACCAAAGACAGAGAUGAUCUGUCAGCUCAGCUUCAGGAGAGUUCUCGAGUGGCUGAGGAUGCUGUUGCUCAGAUGCAGGCAGCGCAAACAGAACGUGAUACCCAGAUUACAGCUGUGCAGGAGAUCAGUAAGGUGGCCGAGAAACGUAAAGCUCUGCUUGAUGAACUGGCAAUUAAGUAUCAGAAGGAAUAUGAUUCACACAAAGAGAGUAUCAAGCAAAUGGAGACAAGACACAUGGAAGAAGUGGACAGGCUUCAGUCUGUCGUUCAUGAUCAUGUGAGAAAGAUAAGUGAACUAAGCAAACAGCUACCAGUUAUUGACGAACUUUCCAGAAAAGUCCACUCAUUAGAAGACACAAAAGGUUGGCUGGAGAGACGUUUGAAAGAGAUAGAGGAACAACUGUCAUCAACUACCUCAGCUUAUAAACAAGAAAGGGAGUUGCUGAUGAACACUCACAAGACCGAGGUGGAAGAACUCACCAGUAACCACAAACAGGAGAUUAGCAGAUUGAAAGAGGAGAAGGAGGUAAUAGAACAACAGGCAGAGAGAAGAGAAGCGGAACUGAAUGAGGAAUUAGCAGCACUGAGAAGUAAAGCCAAUAAUUUGAAGCAGGAAAUAAAGGAUACAGAGGAUGAGAAAAAGCUACAUGAGAAGAAAGGGAUGACAAUGUUGAAAGAUUUGAAACGGCAGCUUCAUGCAGAGCGUAAAAGAGCAGAACGAUUACAGGCCAAAUUACAAGAGCUUUUGUCUGAGGGUAACAGCAAAAUGGAAGACUUGUUCCGAACUCCAGACAGUGAUAUCCAAGCUGGCGAUGCUAGUUCAGUGUCAUCAUGGGGAGCUAGUGCCAGUGGAUUGGGCAGAGAUUCAAUAGCCAGUGGACCUCAGUCACCAAUGUCUGGCAACAGUGGCUUUGUCAGUGAAGCCAAUACUGGGGAGGAGCAUGGCGACCUGCUCAAGAGAAUAGGAAUUCUCCAACAGGAGAAAUGGGCUCUGGAAGAAAAGGUCAAUCAUCUUGAGGUCAGUAAUGCCUGCAUGGCGGAAGACAUCCUGAACAAGACAUCAAUCAUAGAACAUUAUGUGAUGGAAAGUCGAACAGGCCCUAAACAUCAAAGUUCUCAUGAGGAGAAGCUCAGUCUCAAGAAAGUGAUGGAUCUAGUAAACAGGGGCAGUGAUCAUGCGCAGCAGACGCAAGACAUGAACAAAAAGCUGCAAGCCAUGCUGGAGGAGACCCUUACCAAGAAUAUGCAUUUACAGCAGCAUCUAGAAUUGAUGUCUCAAGAGGUUGUCCGACUCAGCAAGCUUUCUGCUCCAGCAAUAGCUAGAGCACCUCCAGACAGAUCAGCCAAGGAGGCAACACCUCCUACAUCCUUACCUCUAGCAGCAACUACAGCAGCUUCCCUGCCCAGCCAAAUCCCGAACAACGACAGCAGCAGUGAUCGAGACAGCAGUGUAGCUUCGGAAGAGAACUUUGAGGUCAUUUCAAACCUACCAGUUAAUGAUGAUCCUGUCAUAAUAGAUGGUGAUAAUAUAGAUUUUCAGUCUUGA